CAAAACCUGGAUUUUCAGUCUCAGAUUGCUUUGGUCCGUGUUUCACAACCAGAACCCUAAAAUCUAGCUCCAGUUUCCAUUCGGAGUUUUAUUGUGACGCACCGUCACAAGAAUAACCGAUGUUUGGGUAUUCCAAUGUGACCAUUGUGUGGCUUGACAUCAUGAGGAUGGACUUUUUAUGAGGAUUACAUUGGUAGCUUUGAGCAGCAUAGUGUCCCAUCAUGUUGCCAGGGGCAGUACGUCACUCAGUCCCUCUGUGGCGCUCUGCUUUGGCCUCUGGCUGCUUGCAGUGUGAGGCAGGGCCAGGGAGAUGGCUGCUGAGACAGGUCCUGAGGAGAGCAUACACCUCCACAAGAGCAAGGCAGGCUGCAGCAGGGGACAGUGCCCCUGUGUUUUCCAGAGCCCAAGUGUACAGGGACAAGCUGGCCAUAGUGGACGACAGUGGGAGCCACAGCUACAGGGACUUGUACGGCAGUAGUAGGGGCCUGGCUGGGCGUAUCAAGGCAGCUCUGGACUGUCCCUCUGGGGACCUGCAGGGGAAGCGCAUCUCCUUCCUGUGCGCCAACGAUGCCUCGUACACGGUAGCCCAGUGGGCAUCCUGGAUGUGUGGCGGCACGGCCGUGCCUCUCUACAGGGAGCACCCUCCGUCUGAGCUGGAGUACAUCAUCUCUGACUCCCAGAGCUCCCUGCUGGUGGCUGGGCAGCCGUACGCAGACACCAUGGAGCCCCUCGCCCACAGACUGGGACUGCCCUACCUGCAGCUGCCCCCCACCUCCAGCCUCAGCUCCCUGCUGGAAGCCCCAGAGAACCAACCUGAGCCUGGCAUCACAGACUGGGCCCAGCGUCCUGCCAUGAUCAUCUACACCAGCGGCACCACAGGCAGGCCCAAAGGGGUUCUCCACACUCACAGCAACAUUCAGGCCAUGGUUCAGGGUCUGGUGUCAGAGUGGGGCUGGUCCAGAGAUGAUGUCAUCCUUCACACAUUGCCCCUGCACCACGUCCACGGCAUCGUCAACAAGCUGCUCUGCCCUCUCUGGGUGGGUGCUACCACCGUCAUGCUGCCUACCUUCCAGCCUCAGAAGGUAUGGGAGGUCCUGCUCAGCUCCAAGGCUCCUAUGGUGACUGUGUUCAUGGCUGUUCCAACCAUCUACUCCAAGCUGAUCCAGCACUAUGAGCAGCACUUCACCCAGCCACGCGUCCAGGACUUUGUCAGGGCUGCCUGCAAGGAGAGAAUCAGGCUGAUGGUGUCUGGCUCGUCCGCCCUGCCCCAGCCCACCCUGCUACGCUGGGAGGAGAUCACAGGACACACCCUGUUGGAGCGCUACGGCAUGACAGAGAUAGGCAUGGCCCUGUCCAACCCCCUGAAGGGUCCUCGCAUCCCAGGUGCAGUCGGUGUCCCUCUUCCAGGAGUGGAGGUUCGUAUUGUCAUGACGAACGCAACCAGCACCACCAUCGCCGAGGGCAACAGCAGAGAAACUCAGGUGCGACCAGGGUUGGAGGGGAAGGAGGGGGAGCUGAUGGUGCGAGGAGACCAGGUCUUCACAGAGUACUGGAACAAACCAGAGGCCACCAGGGAGUCUUUCACUGAGGACGGCUGGUUCAAAACGGGGGACACAGCGGUCUAUAAGAAUGGAGUGUACUGGAUCAUGGGCCGCACCUCAGUGGACAUCAUAAAGAGUGGAGGCUAUAAGAUCAGUGCUCUGGAGGUGGAGCGACACCUGCUAGCCCACCCUGAUAUCACAGAUGUGGCUGUGAUUGGUGCUCGGGACGCCACCUGGGGACAGAAGGUGACAGCGGUGGUGCAGCUGAAGAGGGGGCGGAGCAUGACCCUGUCAGAGCUGAAGACCUGGGCCAGAGAGCACAUGGCUCCAUACACCAUCCCUACAGGCCUGGUCCUUGUGGAGGAGAUGCCAAGGAACCAGAUGGGGAAGGUCAACAAGAAGGACCUACUCAAGCACUUCUUCCCCAGCUAACUAGUAGAGAAGCCUGCACCUCCUUCAUGGCCCACCUCCUCCACGACACCUCCUUCCAGCAGGAGCAGAGACCCUCCUCAUACUACAGUAAACCAUCGAGAUGAGCUCCAAGUGACUGACUCACCAGACAGUGGUCUGGGGAAGAAUGAAGAGACCUCAUUGAGGAUCCCACUAACUACACCACUGACCCCACUCAGCUCAGAGUUACCGUAGGACUGUUCACUGCUGGGCCUGGAGGCACUGAGCUCAACAGUGCUGUCUUACACGUGAUUAAACUGCUGUGGAGAUAUAUUUAGUUUGGCUGCCAUGACAGAGAACUGAUUUAAUACGAUAAGGCUGUGGUGCCUUCUUUAAAGACUGAGUGCUGCGAUCAUUAGCAUGACUGGGGAUCAUGGCAUGAAUAAUUAUGCCAACACACAAGUACAUUAAGAAACCGUGAAAAUGAUAAGAGCAGCAAGAGAUCCUUGACAUUAUACACAGAAGAAGAGAGGGGAGUACAGUGCAUUCUUAAAUUGCUUAUAAUUACAAUCCAGUUGGAUACCCUUGAAUUGGCAAUGAAGUUUAUUUUAAUGUAAUAAAAUGGAUGAUGUAUGGAAAGGCC